GUACAACAAGCUCCCUAUAGACUCAUAGUUGGAACCUUGCUGGGCUUUCCUUGGGAUGUGAGAACAUCUAUACAGCACUAGAGAGGGGCAGAGGACCACCUGAAGCCAUGCCAGUCCCCUGUACCUUCCACUGCAACCCAGCUAUCUGCUGAGGCUAGUUCUACCACCUAUACAUGCAACCCCAGCUCCUGGGACCAGAGGUAAUCCACUGAUGCAUGUUUGCCAUUGAAUGUCAGUGUUACUAAGAUCUGCUAGUUACAUUGUAUUCAGAGAGUUCCAUCAAUCAGCAACUGGCCAGUGUUUACAUCUAGAUCUGCAUUGAGAAGUGUGUCUAAAUAAUACUGUUUAAGUAUUUUUAGAUCCCUGCCUGGCAUAAGUAAGGAAUGGCAAAUUGUCACUCAACCAAGUAAUAGCAUGUUAACCCUUUGAAUGCCAAGCUCUCCUGCUACUGCAAGGGUCCAACCUUGCUGAGCCUCCUGCAGCAGAGCAGGUGCUGGUCUGAGACAGUGCUGUGUCCUUGCUGAUAACUCGCUGUCUUUGGUGCUGAAAUGGAUCAUGUAUUAGUCGUUUGAGUCGAAUCAAUGCAGGGGGACAGAUAAUGGGAUUGUGGUCUUCCACAAAAAAAAGCAUUACAAAUAUUUUUAUUAGUAGAGACAUAUGCAGGCUGUGCAUUACAGAGAAGUGGUGGAUUUAACUGAAAUUGGAAAGGAUAGUUAACAAAAAAUAUAGUAAUAUUACCUUCAUAAUAUUUCACUACAAAUAAUAAUAUAAAUAUACAAAUAUAAGAUGAUCACUAAAAAUGUCUAUUGUUUUCAAAAAUAAUUUUUCUAUUGGCUCCUUUUCCAAUUCUUAGGGAUUUAACAUUUUGCUCUUUUUAACUACCAUGUAGUAAGGUAAAAAAAACAAAAACUGUUUAUUUCUUUCUUUUUUGGGUGAAUGAAUUUUAAAUCAGCUUUUUGCUAUUUAAAUCUUUAGACAGUUCUUCAUUAAUAACAGAUAUAUAUAUAUAUAUAAUAUUGCAAAUGUGCAAAUAAAUUAUUAAAGGGGAACAUCACACAAUAAAUGAUACAGUACAUUAAAAUAGUCUGCUGCUGAUUGUUAAAGUUUAUUUUUAUUUAUUUAUAUGUUGCCUUUUUUAAAAAUAAGGAUUAAAAUAUAAUGGAUGAUGCGAUUAUAAUGUAUUCUCCCAGUAGCUAAGCUGUAAUCAAAUGUGUUCUUAACAUGAUAAAAGAGCAAUAUACUCUCUGUGAUGUGGACAUCAAAUCUCAUCCAGUUUAGACAAUGAAUAUGGGUUUAGGUCUAAUAGUGCUAUUAACAUGGAAUGGUAGGGUGUUUGUAAACUGUUACAAGUUGAUAGACACAAAGACUGUGAUAUUAUAAUACUGUUAAGAUCUUGUCUAUAAUACGUAACUCCAGAAAUUAAUUCUCAAGAAAUGGACCAAAGAAACAGUAUGAUGUUACAUUGAAAAAUGCGCGAUUCUUAACUUAGACAUGAGCUAGGAACUUGAACAGAUCAAGCAUUGAGAUAACUGUCAUCCUUCGUCUGAUAUUCCUAUUUCCCAGAAUACUGCCCUCGUGAUAAAUACAAAGUCGGUAUGAUUGCACAAUACAAUGGGUUAAUUAUCAGAGCUUCCAAUGUCAUUAUAUCAUUUUCCAUUUUCUGACAUUUCAAUAUGGCGGCAAGAUCUUUAUAUUGUCGUACAUUGUACGCAGACAGAUCACCCAGACCAAAUGCCGUCUACAUUUACAGAUUCUUAUAUAUAUUAACUGGCUCUGUACUUUCUAGACAGAAUGAAAGUUUACUAAACCAUGGAUUGUGGGCAAUCGGCAAAUGCUAGGUUAAUGACAGUCAAACGGGAAACAUUCUCCAAAUUAACUAUUUUGACUUAAAAUGUAAAAUCCCUCAGCCACUUGGUAUACCAGAAAAUUAGAUUAAAGCUAGGCCACUAGCGGUUACUGCAGUUGAUGUGAUCUUGUGAAAAUAUCAGUAUUGAUGUUAAGGAUGUAAAAAAAGAUGAUAAAUGCAAUGGUGACAGCAGUUUAAUCCCAUCUGGACCUCUGGAAUCUCAGGAUAUUCACACUAACAAGACAUCUGCCUAACCGUGGUCCUUAAAGGAUUAAAACGCAGUGCAUAGAUCUAUAAAUUCACUUAUUUGUUUGCAGAAUUGGUCAUAAAAUGUUAUAUAUUACACAGAACAGCAAACAGCUCAGAGUGUUUGUUCUGGAAGAGGACGUGAGUUAGCAAGCAGCGUUUAACUGGUUAUCCAUUUCCACACUAAUUCCUCUCUCCGUGCAAUCAGUCAUUAAACUUUAUGCAUCGAUUUCUUGGGUAGGCAAGAGUCUUAAUGUACUAAAGCAGGCUUGAUAAUAUUUUUUUUCACUGUGCAAAUAAUGACAUAUCUAGUCGCUUCCUGAGAAACCAGAAGGCCUUUGAUGUCAUCAAAGGGUUCGUUGACCCUCUAGAACCGUGGCACUUCUGAUGUUUGCAAACUAUAUUUUCCAAAUUUUCAAUUUUUUUCCAUGAUCCUCAACCAGCAACCAGCCCUUAUUUCAACAUGUUCACAUAUGCUUGAGUACAUCAUGACCGGUUUAGCACCAUGGCUAAUGACGCUCACAUUUAUCUAAAGAUCAAAGUGAAGCGAUUUAUGAUCUAGAGGGAAAAGUCACACUCUCAUGUCCUGAGAUAUCAUUCUGGGGAAUGGUGAAAAAUGUAGAUCUCCUGCAAAACAAAGAAUUUGGCCAAUAAAUAUUAGGUCUACAUGCAAUCAUUAUAGUGAGGUGCUAUAUAUUUGGUACAUCUUACACAUGCAAUAAAACUAAUGCUUGCAUAUCAUUGUAAGCAAUGAGUUAAUAAUGUUGGAAAUGCACAAAUUUAUAUUUAUUUAGUAAAGUGUAAGGGCAAAGAACAAUUGAAAGGAUUUGUUAUAGUAAUGAUAGGAGCAGAGAAUUAAAUUCAUGGAAUGCCCCAGAGUACUAUAUUCCCUUUUAUGAGCAAAAAAACAUACAAUAAGAUAUACCAAAAUUACAUGCGUGAUGAGCUGUCUAGCUGCGCAGUCUAUAAUUGUCUUCAUGGGACUAAAAUAAUUUACAUGAUACUUUGUACCAUCCUAGAUUCAUUGUUAUUAACACGACAUGCAUGUUUCGUACAUUGUGAACAAUGAAUACGAGGAGGACAGGUGGGUUCCUAGGUAUCAAGGGCCUGGGGCAUAUCUUUUGUGAGCUCUAUGACAUUGUGUGCUGUAGUGGAGACCAGUACAGAUGUAUACAGAAUCCAAUAACUGACAAAGCUAAGCCAGAAGAAUGGCUCGUUCACAAAGAUUCCAUUAAGAAUUAUUGCAGUAAUGGGCAAGAACUCCUUAGCGUCUGUUCAAUGUCUAUAUAUAUUAUUAUAUUAUCCACUAGAGGAACAAAUAGGAGACAUAUGCAGAGAUAGGACAGUAGGCAUUCAGACAGGCCAGACGGCUCAUACACUAGAUUAGGUCGAAUUUUAGAGAUGUUGUUGGAUAUUGCUGAGUUGAUUAGUCUGCAGGUGCAAAAUAGUCUUGAAAAUGAUGAGGGCUGUGUUUUCUAUGUGGCAUCUCUGCUUCAGUGCCCAUUGCACUAGGGGAAAAAGAUGAUGCAGUGAGAAUGCAGGGAACACUGAGACUAUAACAGACACUACACUCACCCUAUGAGACAUGUAGAAACCGCCAUACAGAGUGUAUUAAUAAGGUCACACACGGUCUGAAUAACCAUCUAACCCUGAAACACACACAAAUACUGUGAAAAAAGGGUCACAAACAAAUAAAGACAAACACGGAUUCACUGCAAUAAUGUGUAAAAGAGCUUCAUACACAAACACUGAUACAAGAAUGUGUGAGUACGUUGAAACAGCAGAGACCCACACAUGAAUAGUGUUAUAACGUGCAUACACAAUGCAGAAAAUGCAUACACAAUGCAGAAAAACACUGUAACAAACAAACAAGUGUUAUACUGAAACGGUAGCAUCGCCAUUUACAGAAACAAUAUAAAAUAGUGAAAAUUCAUCCGUCACAUGCUGCUUCUGCCGCUGGUUACAGCCUAACUUGUUUUAUCAAAACUACUAGUAUGUCUUGUUUAUCCAAUGCACAUCAUUAUGAUGAGCACUGUGAGAAACAGUCAGACAUACAAAUACACACAUACAGUGAAAAACCAUCGACAUCAUCACAGACAUACAAACACUAUGACAAACCAUCCAUACAGUUACUGUACUGUAAGGAAUAGUUAUAUAUACAAGUAUGCAUUAAAUGGACACUAUAGUCACCAAAACAACCUUAGCUUAACAAAGCAGUUUUGGUGUAUAGAUCAUGCCCCUGCCUUCUCAGUGGUUAAUUCUCUGCCAUUUAGGAGUUAAAUUGCUCUGUUUAGGCAGCCCUAGGCACACCUCUUUGCAUGUGACUUGCACAGCCUUCCUAAACACUCCCUGCAAAGAGUCAUGUAAUGUGUGCAUUUCCUGUAUUGCAAAGUAGGUUUUAUUUAGAAUGUCUUAUCUCAUGCUCUGUUAAUAGCUUGCUAGACCUCCUAGGAGCCUCUUCUAUGUAUUUAAAGAGCAGGAGAGCAGGAGAUAAAAACUUUUAAAAUAAGUUACAUCUAAUUGAAAAUUAAACCAUUUUCUUUUCAUGCAGGUUGUGUCAGUCAAAGCCAGGAAAGGUGUGGCUAAUCCUGCAUAAACAGAAACAAAAGUUAUUUAACUCCUAAAUGGCAGAGGAUUGAGCAGGGAAACUUCAGAGGCAUGAUAUAUACACCAAAACUGCUUUAUUUAACUAAAGUUGUUUUGGUGACUAUAGUGUCCCUUUAACGUUAUAAGAAUCAGCCUCAGAUACAAGUACACACAAACACUGUGAGAAACAGUCCACAAACAGAUACACACAAACACUGUGAUAAACUUUUGAAUGAUUUUUUUCAAAAUAUUAAAAUGUCAAAAACCAUUAUAUAUAUUUUAAAAAAAAAAUCAUAAUAUUAAAUCAUUUUAAAGUGUUAUCUAAAAUUACUAAAUUGAUACCAAUGUCGGGAAUAGUUUUACACAAAUAUACAGAAAGUGUCUGCAUUAGGCAGCUUCAAAUAAAACACGUUAUACAUGGAAAACACAUUAUAUAUACAAAAUUGUGUAAAUGUCAACUACAUCAUAUGCAAACUGUCAUGUAUACAACUUUACAUUUAUCCUGCAGGCAUUUGCAAGGCAUACAAUCCACAAUGAAAAAACAGUUGUAUCUAUUUAAAAAUUAAACAUAAUUAAUAGACAUGAAGCUGUUGUUUUGGAGACAGCAUGAAACAACAGUUAGACUUGUUUGUUUAAAGUGAUAAAACGAUGUAGUGAUCCAAGGUGUAAGUAGGAUAUUUUAUGUAUGCACCCCUUGCAAAUUGUAAAUAUAUAGUGUGUAACUCUGCACUCAUCUAAUUGUGUUUGUCUUCUACUCACCCCCUAACAGAGAAAGACUAAGAUCACACAGGGCCCUAACAAGUUACCAGGUCCCUCAUUCAUUCUUCACAUAGGGAUAACUAAUGGGGUAAGAAAACCACGGUUCCAUGGCCCCUAUCUAACUCCUGGGCCCAAGUGGCAGCCUAAGGUUGCCUUAUGCUUAAUCCUGCUCAGACCCUUAAUGCUUCUCUUAACUUCCAUGUCUGUUUAUGUCUUUUUCCUCACACCUGUGUCUCUUCCCUAUACACUCUACCUCCGCUAGUAGUGUGGUCUCGUGGGACUGUGGUAGAGGAUUCUGACAAUCUUCAUUAUCCUGUCCGCGAUCUGACAGGGAGCUGAAUCCGUGUGAGAGAGUGGGGAUGAGACUCAGGGCAAUAUACGUUUUGUGCAACUUUUGCAUCUGGUGUUAGCACACAAAUCUCACUUUCUCGCACAGUGUCAAAGCUCCUGCUGGCCAGGUGUCAGGCAAUUUAAAUCUAACUCCUUGAUAAAGAAAAAAACACAAAUUAGUUUUGGGUCUCAACCAAUGCCCUUUCUUAAUAUUUUUGAAUAAACUUUUAAAAUGAUUUAAUAUUAUACAGUGGUAUUUGAUGAAAUAGUUGUGUUCAGCCAUCAAAAAGCAGACCAGGCAAUGUCUAGACACGCCUGGUGUGUCUGUCAUAGUGUUGAUAUGUCUGAGUGUAUAACAGAAGUAAUAACUACAGUAAGGUGUCUUUAAACCACAAUAAAUGUAUUUAAAAAACAUAUUGCUUUUGUUCUAAAUUACAUUUUGUUGCCUUACUUGUUAUUGGUAAGUGACCUAAAAUUUCCUAAAAAAACAACAAACCCACUCACCCCUAACUAACGUGAAAGAAUGGCACUCAUGGAUUUAAGGAAUCCAAGUUCUAAAGUAUCUUCGCUUGUGUCCCUUUCAGGGUGAUACUACAUACAAAGAAUGGUAAAUACAGGAAUCACCAGUUGUGAUAAUAAUAUUCCAUAUUAAUUAAGAAUGAUUGAUCGCUAUUGAGCAAAUUAAACUAUUAGAGAUGGUGCCGGUACACAGUAUUGAAAAUGUUAAUAACCACAAAACACAGCAGCAGAAUGACUCAUGCAUAGCUUCACAAGAAUAUUAUGAGAACGUAGCUAGCUUUUAGAUAAGAGAUAACUAAAUGCACACACCUGGCAUGGCAUUGUUGGUGGGGCUGGACAGCCUGGCCAGUUGCAGGUCCCAUCCAAGGAGGAGUUAUCAUGCGACCUUCGAGUAACGAAUUGAGAAAACAGAAUUCACCCAGUCCAUUUGCAUGUAGUCUCAUCAUCCACGAUUCAGUUGAAGGGGGUGGAGUUUGUAAAGGUCGAUGUGGGCAGAAUGUUUAUAUCCCAUUUAUUUUUAAACACAGUCCGUAGUAAUAGUCAAACAGUAAACAGAGAGAAUGGAGGGAAUGUUAUUGUAGUAAACAGGAUCGAUCAGCAUAAACACAUAAACAACGAAUAGAAACAUAUAUACCACAAUUAAUUCCCAUACAAUGCACAGUUACCAGUAAGUGUUAGAGCAAAACUAUACAAUAUUCAAUAUACCCCACCAGUAAUGGCCAUGAUUUAAUAUAUUUGGAUAAGCUUUUAACCCCUUAAGGACACAUGACAUGUGACAUAUCAUGAUUGCCUUUUAUUCCAGAAGUUUGGUCCUUAAGGGGUUAAAGUGGUUAAAUAUUUUUGGCUAAACUUUAAAAAAAAAAAUCAAAAUAUUAAAAAGAUAUUUCAAAUAAAAUAUAUAUAAAUAUAUUUAAAAAAAAUCAAAAUCUUUGAAUAUUCAAUAUUUUCAAAAUAGUAAAUAAUUCCAAAAGUUUUUCCAAAAUAUUAAAUCAUUUGUGAAACUUGUCCAAAAAUGUUAAAUCGGGGCAAAUUUAUAACGAUCUAUAGGAGGAAAAAUAUGAUGAUAAUAAUAAGUUGUUGUUUAAAAAGUAGCGUUAGACAAAAUCCAGAUGGAGACCAUAAGGUCUCAAGGUGUUUAGAUUGAAGAUCCACCAAAUUUGACUUUAAGUAGUUUACCAAUUAUGAAAGCAACAACAAAUAAGGAUUGGUAUAUUACAAUAAAAUAUGGUGCUACUGUCACCUAUGUGGGUCACUCCACCACACAAAAGUGCAACACAAACAAAAUAUAUAAAUUGGUAAGAGCACACUAAACAACACAAAUAUUACCACAUAUAAAGCAAAGGAUAAUCCUGUAACAAAAAAGAAACAGGAAAACCCUAGGGUAAUAAAGUUUAAACAAGUUAAGUCUCACUCACAUGCUGCUGAGGACGUUUUACAACUGCAUCCUUUUGACCUGACGUCCCCUUGUCUGUCCUCUUUCAGCGGAAGGUUGAAGGGAUGCAGUUGUAAAACAUCCUGAUGUCUGAAAUGGAAAUGGGAGGAGCCUGGGAUCGAAAAAGCGCACCAAUGCCGGACUUAAAGAUUAGGAUGCCCAGAAUGGAUAUGACACUUUUGAAAAAGGCAAGAGCUGAAACGUGUCAAGUGUAUUUUAUUUUGUUUAGUUGGACUCUUUAUUUUGGUGUUAAUAUUUUUUCUUUUCUUCUGUGUUUAAAGGGAUUCUCCAGUGCCAGGAAAACAUAUUUGUUUUCCUGGCACUGUAGGACCCUCUAGUUCCCCUCUCCCUCCCAUCCCCCAUCCCAAGUUGCUGAAGGGGUUAAAACCCCUUCAGUGACUUACCGGAGUCCAGGGCCAAUGUCCCUCGGCGCUGGGUCAGGAUCCGCCUACUCUCCUCACCCGCCAACGUCAGCCGGCGGGGGAGACCUAAUGUGCAUGCGUGGCAAUGGCCGCGCACGCGCAUUAGACUUCCCCAAAGGAAAGCAUUCUUCAAUGCUUUCCUAUGGGGAUUUUCGGCGACGCUGGAGGUCCUCACAUAGUGUGAGGAUGUCCAGCAUUGUAUAAUACACUUUAUGUGUUCUAAGAACUCGGAAGUCCCUCUAGUGGCUGUCUGAUAGACAGCCACUAGAGGAGGACUUAACCCUGCAAGGUAAUUAUUGCAGUUUAUGAAAACUGCAAUAAUUACACUUGCAGGGUUAAGGGUAGUGGGAGUUGGCACCCAGACCAGGUGCCUGGAGUAUCCCUUUAAUAAAUAUUAAUUUCUCAGUAUCCUGCAUCCUGGAUUUUGUGCAAGAGAAUAUGACUAAAUAACAACAUGGAAGCUGCAAUUAUUUAUUCUGAGACCACCUUUACUCUUCCAUUCAAAGUCCUUAGUCUGAUCCAGCUUAUCUAAGUGGCUCAGCAGCAUGUGAGUGAGGUUGAUUAUAUAUUGUGUUUCACUUGUUUAAACUUUAUUACCCUAUGGAUUUCCUGUUUCUUUUUUGUUACAGGAUUAUUCUUUGCUUUAUAUGUGGUAAUAUCUGUGUUAUUCAGUGUGCUCUCACCAAUUUAUACAUUUUGUUUUAGUUUACCAAUUAUAUUAUCUCCUCUCCAGUUCCAAAGUUCUAAAUCUUUUCCAUCAUCAUUGUUUUUAGGCUUAGAAUGCAGAGAUAUAUUUAUAUUUUUAUAUUUAUUUACCAGUCUAUUCAGCAGUUAUCCUCCACUCAGUGGCAAAGCACAGGUUGCCAGUGUCCAGGGAAAGGCAAGUAUUGUGCCCCCUGACCCGUACAGAUAUUCGCACAGUCACACACUGACAUACAGACACACGCACUGACACACAGAUACACACACAGUUACAUACACAAAGACACAGUUACACACACACAGAAACAUAGAUACUCCCACAGACACACACACUGACACAUAUACACAAUUUCUGAUUUUAAAUGGUACUAAAACUCUUUUAAUGUUUGGGACAUCCCUGUGUCUCAUCAAUUUUUGGUUUAGAGAAUAAGUACCAUAUGUGUGACUGCCCUAUUCUGUGUCUCAGACAUGUCUAAAUGACAUUGCAGAUCACACAUGAGCAGGCCUACCAACUGUCCUGCUUUCGGUGGGACUAACUAUCCUGAAACUCUCCCAAGGUUUCACAGUUUGAGCACAUCAUUAGACGUGCUCAUGUUGUGCAGUGGGCAAUAGGACUAUGCAGAAAAUGCUUCAGUGGUGCUCUCCCCCUGGUCUUCUGCAUUAAGUGUCAGCCAGAGAGCCUGUCAGUCAGCCUGCUGUACUUGAUGCCUGGCUGACAUGCCCCUUCAGUGGGCGUCCCACCCCCUUUUUUAUUAAUCAAAGGAGAAAGACAAUCUCUCUGGCUGCUACCAAUAGAGACUCUGGCGACUUGAAUAAAGAAUUCUUGAUAGUACAAAGUAGCAGACGCUACGUUUAAGUUCCACUCAGGCAAUAACGAUAUCUGCUGAGUUUUUAGUUUUUUUUAUGGCAAUUAAUCAUUAUGCGCACAUGGAACAGCUUCUAAAUUGGAAAGGUCUUUGUAUGAUUUCUAAAUCGCUGAAAAGGAAAGUGUUUUAUUCGAGAUUCAGACUAUGUCAUUCGUUCAUUUAAAGCAUAAUGGCAGUUUAGGAUUUGCAGACUCUACCCUCAAAGCAUCAUGCGGACCUUUUACUGCGGAAACCAAAUCAUUACUGCCAUUUAUGGGCUAACAGUGGAGUCAGAGACAAUGACAUCACAUGUCCACAUCAAAUGGCAAACGAUAAAUAAAUCUGCCUUGGAAACAGAGCUCACUGAAGUAUACGAUUGCACUUUAGAUUUUAACUCAGAGACAAAGAUUUUCAAGACAAACAACAACAUUUGGAAGUGAAAAUUGACUCUCGUGCUUAGUAUAACAGAGGCCUGUUUUUAUUGUUUUCCUAAUUUUAUGUAUAUAAAAUUAUAUAGAUAAAGAUAGAUACACGUAUCUAAGAAUAAAUUCUUGCAAGAAACAAAAACUACAAAUACAAGCAAAGCUGUGUGUCAGUCCACGUGUGUCAUUUGUGAGUGGAAAUGCUUGUAGCCAUUUCAUUCAUUGUAGCAAUCACCAUAGGGGACGCAGCAGCAAGAGUCAGGUUGGUACUUAUUUUCAACCUAUAUUUUUGCUGAUAAUGUAUAAGACAUGCUUGCAUCCCUAGCUGAAGGUGACCUUGUCAUCCAAAUGUUUUGUGACUAGCAAAGUUCCUUUGGUGUAUUGGAAGCAAGAAUAUAUGGACUCACAUUAAACAACCAGUAGAGCAGAGUUAUGCUCAAUGUUGCAAUUUACCACGUGUAUAUUCAAAUUAGGAUUUUCUUCUUGAAUUGGCUGCCGUUCAAAUGUUAAAGAUGCAUGGGGAAGAGGUCAAUUCACUGAUUACUAAAUUGAAGAAUGUAAGCAAAAAUAGCUCAGAUGAAAACAUUUUCUAAAACGGUUUGGUGUGUUUCAGCUUAAAAAGGGUAGCUGGGAUACAAAUCACUACAGUUAAUAAUCCUGGUAGUUUUUAUACUUAUACCUGAAACCGGACAUUGAAUCACCGUCAGCUAGCAACAUGUCACAGAUUUUUCAACAGGUUUCUAGGCGUGCGGAGAUUAGCUGUUACUUACGGGGGUUGGCGGCAACCUUAAACCGUGAAGCAUGAUGUGACAAUGUGACAUGACACCUCGACGGCUUACAGAGAAUGACAUAAAGUCCUGCUUGCUCAUACCACACAUUACAGACAUAUAUAUUCACAGGUUCCACACACACCAGGUGCAAUCAGAAGUUUUAUAGGACAUUCCAAUCACCUGAGGUGGAAGAAUUAUAUUGAUCACGCAUCCUACAAAAAAAAAAAAAACCUUUCCAGUUUAUUUUUUGUAUGAUGUAAGAUCCAUGUUUUUUUUGUUUGUUUUUUUUUACAAAAAAAGUCAUAAAGUUAGUGUUUUUUUAUAUAAUCCUACUACUUAUUUUCAAUUUUUAAAGAGAAAACCAGUAAUAAUAUAGCAGGAAAUAUUGAGCUACCCAGGAAUGUAUGGGAAACAUAGAGCAAUAUCACACAAAUUCUACAAAACACAAGUUGUUUCCAUGGGAAAAAGGUGAGUGAGUCAUGCAUUAUGUACAUCGGGUCAGGCAUUGUAUAUUGUAUUUACAUUGUAUACUACAGCAGCUGAGGCACUGUGAGCAGCAGCAUGUACAUUUUGUACAGGAGCUCUGACACUAUGUGCUUUUAAGACAUUGUAUACAGCGUUUCAGACAUUAUGUACAGUGGCUUAGACAUCGUGUACAAUAACUCUGGCAUUGUAUACAGCGUUUCAGACAUUAUGUACAGUGGCUUAGACAUCGUGUACAAUAACUCUGGCAUUGAAUACAGCGUUUCAGACAUUAUGUACAGUGUUUUAGACAUCGUGUACAAUAACUCUGGCAUUGUAUACAGCAUUUCAGACAUUAUGUACAGUGGCUUAGACAUCGUGUACAAUAACUCUGGCAUUGUAUACAGCGUUUCAGACAUUAUAUACAGUGUCUUAGACAUCGUGUACAAUAACUCUGGCAUUGAAUACAGCGUUUCAGACAUUAUGUACAGUGUUUUAGACAUCGUGUACAAUAACUCUUGCAUUGUAUACAGCGUUUCAGACAUUAUGUACAGUGGCUUAGACAUCGUGUACAAUAACUCUGGCAUUGAAUACAGCGUUUCAGACAUUAUGUACAGUGUUUUAGACAUCGUGUACAAUAACUCUUGCAUUGUAUACAGCGUUUCAGACAUUAUGUACAGUGGCUUAGACAUCGUGUACAAUAACUCUGGCAUUGUAUACAGCGUUUCAGACAUUAUGUACACUGUCUUAGACAUCGUGUACAAUAACUCUGGCAUUGUAUACAGCGUUUCAGACAUUAUGUACAGUGGCUUAGACAUCGUGUACAAUAACUCUGGCAUUGUAUACAGCGUUUCAGACAUUAUGUACAGUGUUUUAGACAUCGUGUACAAUAACUCUGACAUUGUAUACAGCGUUUCAGACAUUAUGUACAGUGGCUUAGACAUCGUGUACAAUAACUCUGGCAUUGUAUACAGCGUUUCAGACAUUAUGUACAGUGGCUUAGACAUCGUGUACAAUAACUCUGGCAUUGAAUACAGCGUUUCAUACAUUAUGUACAGUGUUUUAGACAUCGUGUACAAUAACUCUGGCAUUGUAUACAGCGUUUCAGACAUUAUGUACAGUGGCUUAGACAUCGUGUACAAUAACUCUGGCAUUGUAUACAGCGUUUCAGACAUUAUGUACAGUGUCUUAGACAUCGUGUACAAUAACUCUGGCAUUGAAUACAGCGUUUCAGACAUUAUGUACAGUGUCUUAGACAUCGUGUACAAUAACUCUUGCAUUGUAUACAGCGUUUCAGACAUUAUGUACAGUGGCUUAGACAUCGUGUACAAUAACUCUGGCAUUGUAUACAGCGUUUCAGACAUUAUGUACACUGUCUUAGACAUCGUGUACAAUAACUCUGGCAUUGUAUACAGCGUUUCAGACAUUAUGUACAGUGGCUUAGACAUCGUGUACAAUAACUCUGGCAUUGUAUACAGCGUUUCAGACAUUAUGUACAGUGGCUUAGACAUCGUGUACAAUAACUCUGGCAUUGUACACAGCGUUUCAGACAUUAUGUACAGUGGCUUAGACAUCGUGUACAAUAACUCUGGCAUUGUACACAGCGUUUCAGACAUUAUGUACAGUGGCUUAGACAUCGUGUACAAUAACUCUGGCAUUGUACACAGCUUCAGACAUUAUGUACAGUUAGACAUUCGUGUACAAUAACUCUGGCAUUGUACACAGCGUUCCAGACAUUAUGUACAGUGUCUUAGACAUCGUGUACAAUAACUCUGGCAUUGUACACAGCGUUUCAGACAUUAUGUACAGUGGCUUAGACAUCGUGUACAAUAACUCUGGCAUUGUACACAGCGUUUCAGACAUUAUGUACAGUGGCUUAGACAUCGUGUACAAUAACUCUGGCAUUGUACACAGCGUUUCAGACAUUAUGUACAGUGGCUUAGACAUCGUGUACAAUAACUCUGGCAUUGUACACAGCGUUUCAGACAUUAUGUACAGUGGCUUAGACAUCGUGUACAAUAACUCUGGCAUUGUACACAGCGUUUCAGACAUUAUGUACUUAGACAUCGUGCAAUAGACAUCUGGCAAUAACUAAGGCAUUGUACACAGCGUUCCAGACAUUAUGUACAGUGUCUUAGACAUCGUGUACAAUAACUCUGGCAUUGUACACAGCGUUCCAGACAUUAUGUACAGUGUCUUAGACAUCGUGUACAAUAACUCUGGCAUUGUACACAGCGUUUCAGACAUUAUGUACAGUGUCUUAGACAUCGUGUACAAUAACUCUGGCAUUGUAUACAGCGUUUCAGACAUUAUGUACAGUGGCUUAGACAUCGUGUACAAUAACUCUGGCAUUGUACACAGCGUUUCAGACAUUAUGUACAGUGGCUUAGACAUCGUGUACAAUAACUCUGGCAUUGUAUACAGCGUUUCAGACAUUAUGUACAGUGUCUUAGACAUCGUGUACAAUAACUCUGGCAUUGUAUAUAGCAGUAUUGUAAACAGCCAACUGAAAUACCGUAUCAGCUGUCCCCUAACAUUUAGGAAAAAGCACUGACAAAGCAGUUUCCGCUAGAUUCUAGUGAACCCGGCACAACAUGCACGUUUAAUGAGCUUGGGCUGUGCAGUCUAUUCAAGGCAGGACCUUAAAAGGGACUGACACACACAAAAACAGGGUAGUUCGGAGCCGUGAUAGAGACUCGGGCAUUGUUUGCAGCAGCAUAGGCAUUAUGCAUAUCUCGCAUCUCUGUGUUCAUAGAAUUGGGAUGCCGGUGUAAAGAGGUAGAGGGGCAGGACAAUGAAGCCCCUUUCUGGUUGGUCAGCCUGGGUUCAGUACAUGCCAAGCUACCUGUCUAUCUCGUUAGGACAGCCCACCGAGGGCAAACACUACAGCGAGCACUGUUUCUGUGGCGCUCACACUAUGCUUGUUGGAGACAGUUCCCUGGUGUCCCCAAAAGCCAAACACUAGGGAAGGAAGUCGGGAGGGAAUAGACCCAAAAAACAGGGCAGUUGGUAUGCAUUUUGUGCAGCAGAUUAGCAUUGUGUACAGAUGCCUAGCAAUAUUAUAUAGUAGGUUCUGCAUUUCGUACAUCAGCUCAGCAUUGUGUGCAGGAACUCAACAUUUUCUACAGCAGCUCAGGUAUUGUGUACAGCAGCUCAGACAGGUAAUGUGUACAGGCAAUGUGUACAGCAGAUGGGGUAUUGUGUAAAUGAUAUUGUGUACAAUGGCUCAUGCAUUGUGUAAAAUAGAUCAUGUAAUAAUACAACGUCUCAGGCAAUGUGAAAUGUGGCUAGGGCAUUGUGUCAUGCAACUUGUAUUGUGUACAUGGUGCACAUUGGUUCAGAAUUUAUGUAUACCAGCUCAUUAUGUGCUGCACAUCAGGUAUUGUGUGCAAUGACUCAGACAUUGUAUACGUUUGCUCAGUAUUGUGUACAGCGGCUCAGACAUUGUGUUCAGCAGCUCAGUCUGGUAUAAGGUUAGGCUGGGUGCUCUUUAUCACUGGGGCCGCAUUGGUUAUGUUGUGAGAGGAGGAUUGACAAACAACAUUGCAUUUGCACUGUAUAUUGUAAGUUCAAUGAAGGGUCAUUUUUAGAUGUUAUUUUAUUGUGAGGGCAUUAUAUAUGAAAUAUAUACCAUAUUUCGUCUUAAAUUAAUUAUCUGGAUUCACCAAGAUGAUCGGACCUGGUUACAAAAAACAUCAGAAGUAUCAAUACUUCCCUCCUCCGUUAGAUGCUCACCCAGUCUCCACUCCUUCAAAAAAACAUUAAAAACCCACUUCUUCAUAAAAGCGUAUCAAUUAAACUGUUAAUAGCUCCUAACUGAUUCCUCUUCUGCAACUGUCACUAGUCUAAUACUAUCCUUACCUUUUGUGCCAUUUUACCCCACUCCCACUAGCAUGUAAGCUCAUUGAGCAGAGCCCUCAACCCCUCUGUUCCUGUGUGUCCAACUUGUCUGGUUACAACUACAUGUCUGUACGUCCACCCAUUGUAAAGCGCUGCGGAAUUUGACGGCGCUUUAUAAAUAUAAUAAUAAUAAUAAUAAUUGUACAUUCUGAAUACAUUAAUUGCAUCUCAUAAAACUUCAAUUCCUACACCUCCUGAGAUGAGCCAAGAAAGUGUAUAUAAUCUAUGAUGAAACUCUAAAAAAUUGUAAUCCCUUUUGGGAGCCUAAUUUCUAGUCAAUUGCCAUUUCCUUACCCAAAGCUAUUUUGGGACAUUAAUACUGGCAUUUUGCUAGUACAGUGAGAAUUAAUUGGUUGUUUUUUUUCUGUUAAUUGCAUCCGGUUUUAUAUUGUCUGUCUGUUUGGCGUAAUUUGUUUGUGAUAUAUUUUUCUGUUCAUAUUAAAAGUUCCGUUAUCACAUUCUUCCUUUGUCUGGUAUAAAAAUAAAGAUACCGAAGAGACAUAUUAAAUACUGUGGUCUUAUAGACAUUUUUGCUGAAUUAUGUUUUUGUGGGUAUUUAAUCUGAUUUAGUUAGGUAAGCUAGGACUCUUCAUUUUUAAAUUGUCCUGGUGGUUGCAGCUUUUAUACUAGAAUAGGUGUGAGUGUUAUUAAAAGGGAUAUUUUUAUAUCAUUGCUUUGGGUCUGGUGGAGACAAUUAAAGAUUUUUAUUAAUUUUAAAAUCCUGGAGUGGCCUGGUUCAUGACAUAGCAGACUGGACAUUGUAUACAGCUCCGAUAGUGAAAGCAGGCUGGAUUUGCAUACAGCAGUUCGGGUAAUGUAUGCAACAAAACAACAGUAAAUGGUAUAUGGAAACCUAUACCUUAAGUGGAGUGCUGGGAAAUUUUGUUGGGUAACUUGCCCCUCGAGAUCUUGAUUGGACCGUGCACGUCAAAUAUAUAUAUAUAAAAAAAUACAAAGAAAGGUGUAGAUUGUAAUACUGUCACGGGUGGCGGUACGGAAACCAGGACCCCUGAGUGCCUGAUGAGAAGUGGGAGUCUUCAGCGUGGAAGUGGACUAUCAGGGCCUGGUGCAAGGUAACCACACGUCCUCUGGCGAUGAGCACCAGCGUUUGCGCGGCCACAUACCAGACAUAGAAUAGAAAACCAAAAACCCAAGAAAAACUAAACAAGAAUAGUAAAAAGAGUACUGGAUACAAGAAACCAAAGCCAAACAUCUCCGCAGAACAUGGCAUGAUUUGACAUAGCUCCCCUCUUAAGGAGCGACCUCCGGGCGCUACAAGCAGCUCUCAGGCGGAGACCAGGAAAGAAGCGAGAAUCCAGCAACUAAGUCCUCAAGACUUAUCGGAGGCAAGGAUUCCCCGACACAGCAGGAAAGUAGUUUGUGGCUCACAAUGCCAUUCCGAACUACUUUACUUCCUUUGGAAGGGUCUCCUGCAAAGGAACCACCAGUCAGGACCGAGAUCCACUCCAGAAUAGGAGCACUGCCACGAAACAGGAACCAAUCAUCACAAGAGAACACCUGAAGCGACCACCGUACAGCUUAGCAGAUCGACCUCCUCCACAACAAAAAUAAGGAAGCCAUCUCCAGCAGACUGGUCUAGAUACAGGAACUCUUGCAUGCCGAAUAACCAACAGGAACUAGAACAAAGAACUAGGAACCAAGCAUUACAAAAGAACACCUGAAGCGACCACCGUACCGCUUAGCAGAUCGACCUCCUCCAUGACAAAAAUAAGGAAGACAUCUCCAGCAGACUAGUCCAGAUACAGGAUCUCUUGCAUGCAGAAAAACCAGGCAUGAUACGAAACAGACAGAACAGGAGAGCUGCAAAUUCCACUCCACGAACUCCAAGUGCCUACGGCCAUCUGUCAUGGGUGCCUGAUGAGUGCCUGUUGAGAAGUGGAAGUCUUCAGCGUGGAAGUGGAUUAUCAGGGCCUGGUGCAGGGUAACCACACGUCCUCUGGUGAUGAGCACCAGCGUUUGCCCGGCCAAAUACCAGACAAAGAAUAGAAAACCAAAAAAACAAGAAAAACUAAACAAGACUUGUAAAAAGAGUACUGGAUACAAGAAACCAAAGCCAGACAUCUCCGCAGAACAUGGCAUGAUGUGACAAAUACACCGUGACAACUCAAUUAAAUGGCAGAAUGGGUCACUCACAUUUCAAAGAGCCUAUAUAAUUGGCUCAGUAAAUGGGGCUUGUAUGCUUUUUAGGGCAGCAUCCCACCACUAUUCCUCGUUGAUGUUCCCUCCAAAAAGAUAGAAAUGGUAGAAAUAUCCAAUGUGUGGUAUAAUUAAUAAAAUACCAUAAAAUUAUAAAAGUAGGUAUUGACACUGCUAUAUUACGGUUGAUAUGAAAAGACAACACACUCACAAAAAAAAAAAAGUAGGUAUUGAGCUCACCUUUUCCAGAGCCUCAAAGUCCUGGUUCUGAGGAUAACAGGGUUUGUGCCAAUAUAGAGGGGUUGGCACUUCCCCUAAUGAAGGUUCCUGAGGCUUCAGUGGACUUGUUAAAGAGCUAUUAUAUUUAAUAUACAAGAAAUAUUAAAAUAAGUGAUUAAAUAGACAAAAUUUACACUUAUAAAACAAAAAAAGUCCUGGUGGCCGAAACGCGUUUCACUCCUUCUGGAGCUUCCUCAGUCAACUGUGGUCUGCAAUGUAUACAACAGUUUGGCAUUGCGUACAGCAGUUUCGGCAUUGUGUACAGCAGUUUGGCGUUUCGUACAGUGGCUCAGACAUUGUAUAAAGCAGCUUAGAAUAUGUGUGUAACAGCUCUGGCAUUGUGUCAAUGGUUCAGGCAUUGUGUACUACACCUCAGGCCUUGUGUACAGUGAUUUAGGCAUAGUGUACAGCGGCUCAGCCCAGGCAUUGUAUCCGGGCAUAGUGUACAGAGGCUCAGGUAUUGUAUCCAUCAGUUCAGGCAUAGUGUGCUACACACAACACCAAGCUGCUGUAUACAAUGUCUGAGCUGUAUACAAAGCCAGCAGGUUAUUGUGUGGAUGUCAAAACUGCUGUAUAUUCUCUUUAUAAAAAUAGGUUUCUUAUAGGUCUGAAACCUUGCAGAGAUGCUGUAUAAAAAUGUUGAGCUGCUGUAUACAUUUCCUAACCUGCUGUGUCAUGAACCAGGUCACACAACGCAAUUUAGCAAAAAUGUCUAUGAAUCCACAGUACUACAUGGAAGGUUCUUUGGUAACAUGAUUCUUAUACCAGAUAAAGGCAGAACUUUUAUGAUGAACAAAAAAUUGUCACAAUGCAUACAAAUUCAAAUAUAUUACAAACAAAUUUCACCAAACAGACAGAUGAAAUAAAAAAGGAUAAAAUAAAAUCCUAAUUCUCACUGUACUAGUAUAAAUAUAGCUUUGGGUAAGGAAAUGGCAUUGACUUCACAUUUGAUUUGGCUCUCAAAAUGGACUACAUAGUUUUUUUACGUUUAAUCAGAGAUCAUAUAGAUUAUUUUUGACUCAUCUCAUGUUAUUUGACCCUUGGCCUGGUAUCCGUUUAUGACCCUGUGCUGCCCGACCUCUCGCAAUCCUGAUUACGGCCUUGUCUCAUCCUUGCCGGUACCUUGCCUUGAUUUCUACUCAGCCUGGUAACGCUUAUUGGGAUCUGUCUAUUAAACUCUUGACGGCCUUAGCCAUUGUUGAAAAUGCCCGACCUGCUGUACACUUUACCUGAGCUGCUGUACGCAUUACCAAACGGCUGUAUACAAUGUCAAACUGCUGUAUACAAUGCCAAGCUUCAGUAUAGUCUAUAUGCUGUUGUACACAUUGCCUGAGGCACACUAUGCCAUGCCAAACUAAGGCAAACAAUGUCUGACCUUCUGUACACCAUGCCUAACCUGCUGUACAUAACGAUUGUGCCACUGUGCACAAUGCCUGAGCAGCAAUAUACAAUUUCGUGGAAUAUAAAAUGCCUGAGCUGCUGUACAAAAUGUGACCCACUGCACACAAUGCUUGAACCCCUGUACACAAUGCCCCAGUUACUGUAUAGGAGUUCUAAAAAGCUCUAGCCUGCUGUAUAUUAUUUCUGAGCUGCUGUACAUAGAAACAUAGAAACAUAGAAUGUGACGGCAGAUAAGAACCAUUCAGCCCAUCUAGUCUGCCCAAUUUUCUAAAUACUUUCAUUAGUCCCUAGCCUUAUCUUAUAGUUAGGAUAGCCUUAUGCCUAUCCCACGCAUGCUUAAACUCCUUUACUGUGUUAACCUCUACCACUUCAGCUGGAAGGCUAUUCCAUGCAUCCACUACCCUCUCAGUAAAGUAAUACUUCCUGAUAUUAUUUUUAAACCUUUGUCCCUCUAAUUUAAGACUAUGUCCUCUUGUUGUGGUAGUGUUUCUUCUUUUAAAUAUAGUCUCCUCCUUUACUGUGUUGAUUCCCUUUAUAUAUUUAAAUGUUUCUAUCAUAUCCCCCCUGUCUCGUCUUUCCUCCAAGCUAUACAUGUUAAGAUCCUUUAACCUUUCCUGGUAAGUUUUAUCCCGCAAUCCAUGAACCAGUUUAGUAGCCCUUCUCUGAGCCCUCUCUAAGGUAUCAAUAUCCUUCUGAAGAUACGGUCUCCAGUACUGCGUACAAUAUUCCAAGUGAGGUCUCACCAGUGUUCUGUACAAUGGCAUGAGCACUUCCCUCUUUCUACUGCUAAUACCUCUCCCUAUACAACCAAGCAUUAUGCUAGCAUUUCCUGCUGCUCUAUUACAUUGUCUGACUACCUUUAAGUCAUCAGAAAUAAUCACCCCUAAAUCCCUUUCCUCAAUUGUUGAGGUUAGGACUCUAAAUAUUCUGUACUCUGCCUUUGGGUGUUUACAUCCAAGAUGCAUUAUCUUGCACUUAUCCACAUUAAAUGUCAGUUGCCACAAUUCUGGCCAUUUCUCUAGUUUACCUAAAUCAUUUGCCAGUUGGUUUAUCUCUCCUGGAACAUCAACCCUGUUACAUAUCUUAGUAUCAUAAGCAAAAAGACAUACCUUACCAUCAAGACCUUCUGCAAUAUCACUAAUAAAAAUAUUAAAGAGAAUGGGUCCAAGUACAGAUCCCUGAGGUACCCCACUGGUGACAAGUCCAAGCUUCGAAUAUAUUCUAUUAACUACAACCCUCUGUUGCCUGUCACUCAGCCAAUGCCUUACCCAUUCAACAAUAUUGGAAUCCAAACUUAAAGAAUGCAGUUUAUUGAUAAGCCUUCUAUGUGCAACAGUGUCAAAAGCCUUACUGAAAUCUAGGUAAGCAAUGUCUACUGCACCACCCUGAUCUAUAAUUUUAGUUACCCAAUCAAAAAAAUCAAUAAGAUUAGUUUGGCAUGAUCUCCCUGAAGUAAACCCAUGUUGUCUCUGAUCUUGAAAUCCAUGUGUUUUUAGAUGUUCAUCAAUCCUAUCCUUUAACAUGGUUUCCAUCACUUUCCCCACUACUGAAGUAAGGCUUACUGGCCUAUAGUUGCCCGACUCCUCCCUAUUACCUUUCUUGUAAAUGGGCACAACAUUCGCUAACUUCCAAUCUUCUGGGACUACUCCUGUUAACAAUGAUUGGUUAAAUAAAUCUGUUAAUGGUUUUGCUAGUACACCACUAAGCUCUUUUAAUAGCUUUGGGUGUAUUCCAUCAGGUCCCAUUGACUUAUUUGUCUUUACUUUUGACAGUUGAAAUAGAACCUCUUCCUCUGUAAACUCACGUGUAAUAAAUGACUCAUUUAUCCUUUUUCUCAACUGAGGUCCUUUUCCUUCAUUUUCAUCUGUAAAUAUUAAACAAAAAUAUUCACUGAGGCAGUCAGCUAGACAUUUAUCCUCUUCUACAUACCUUCCUUCUUUUGUUUUUAAUCUAACUAAUCCUUGUUUUACUUUUCUUUUCUCAUUUGAGUAUCUAAAAAAUGUUUUGUCCCCCUUUUUUACUGACUGUGCUAUUUUCUCUUCUGUGUGUGAUUUGGAAACUCUUAUAACUUGCUUAGCCUCUUUCUGCCCAAUCCUAUAGAUCAUUUUGUCUUCCUCACUCUGUUUUUUUUUCAUAAUUCCUAAAUGCUAACUUUUUGUUUUUAACUAUUUUGGCCACAUCUGCGGAGUGGUUUCUUUAAUUUUUUUUUUGCUUUUACUUACAAGCCUAAUGCAAUUUUCUGUUGCCUUCAAUAGUGCAACUUUUAAAUAAUCCCAUUUCUCUUGGACUCCAUUUAAAUUUCUCCAGUCUGGUAAUGACUCCUCUACACAUAUUCUAAUUUUAGAAAAGUCUGUUUUUCUAAAGUCUAAAACUUUUGUUUUUGUGUGGUGUGACUCAGUCACUGUUCUUAUAUUAAACCACACUGACUGAUGAUCACUGGAUCCUAAACUUUCACCUACAGUAAUAUCUGAUACCAAAUCUCCAUUUGUUAACACUAAAUCUAGUAUGGCCUCUUUACGAGUUGGCUCUUCAACAACUUGUUUUAGAGACAAUCCCAGUAGUGAGUUUAGAAUAUGUGUGCUCCUGGCACAAGUAGCUAAUUUUGUUUUCCAAUUUACAUCAGGAAGAUUAAAGUCACCCAUGAUGAUAACUUCCCCUUCAUUGUCAUUUUAGCUAUUUCCUCAACUAGUAGAUUAUCUAACUCUUCAAUUUGUCCUGGGGGCCUAUAAAUCACACCUACACGAGUUACUGUGUGAUUACCAAAUUCUAACGUAGCCCAAACGGACUCUAUGUUUGUCUCACUAACUUUUAUUAGGCUAGAUUUUAUGCUAUCCUUCAUUACACAAUGUCUGAACCAUUGCACAUAAUAACUUAGUUGUUGUACACAUUGCUCAGCUGCUGUAGGCAUUGCCAGGGCUGCUGUACACAAUGCCUGAGUCACUGUACACAAUGCCUAACAUGCGGUACACAAUGCCUGAACCAUUAUAUAAAAUAACUGUGCACACGGCUGAGCCGAUGUACUCAGCAAGAGCCGCUUUACACAAUACAUGAGCCAUUGUACUCAAUUUGUAGGCUGCUGUAAACAUUGUGUGAGCCGAUGUAUACAAUACCAAACAGCUGUAUACAAAUACUGAGCUGCUGUAGACAAUGCCUGAGCUGCUGUACAUAAAAACAAAGCUGUACACAAAGUCUGAGCUGCUGUAUGCAAUGCUGAGCUACUGCACAAUAUGCCAAACGUCUUUACACAAAGCCUGAGGUACGGUACACAACGCCAUUGCCACUAUAUGCAAUGUCUUAGCUGCGGUACACAAUGCCCAAGUCACUGCACAUAAUGCCUGAGAGGUUGUACACAAUGCCUGAGCUGAAUUAUACAAUACUUGAGCCUCUAUAAACAAUGUUGAGCUGCUCUACUCGACCCCAAGCUGCGGUGUACAAUGUCUGAGCAGCUCUGCAUAAUGCUCCUGUACACAAUAGCACAAUGCCUGAGCUGCUGUGUACAUUAACUGAGCUCCUAAAUACAAUGCUGAGUUGCUGUAUAGACUAUCUUAAUCUGUACACAGUCUAACUUCCUGCUCACAAUACCUGAGCUUCAAUAUACAAUGCAAAAUUUCUAUGUACAAUGCCGAGUUGUUGUAUACAAUUCAUGAGCUGCUGUACACAAUGCCUGAGCCCUGUACAUUAUUAUUAUUUUAUUAUUUAUAUAGUGCCAUCAGAUUCCGUAGCGCUGUACAAUUCCGUAGCGUUGUACAUGACGCAUGAGCCGCGUUACACAAUGUCUGGGGCACUGUACACAAUGCCUGAGCUGUUGUACACAAUGCCAGAGCUGUUGUACACAAUGCCUGAGCUGCAGUAUACAAAUCAAAACAGCUUAAUACAAUGCCAAGCUGAUUAACCCAAUGCCUGAGCUGCUGAACACAAUGCAGAGUGGCUGUACACAAAGCCCUACCCACUGCACACAAUGCUAAAGCUGCUAUAUGCAUUGCCUGAGCUGCAAUAUACAGUGCAGGCUGCUGUAUAUAAUGCUUGAGCGAACUGUACACAUUUUCUAGCUUUGAUGCACAAUGCCCAAGCCUUUGUACACAAUGUCUAAGCUACUGUACACAAUGCCCUAUGUUCACAAUGUCUGAGCUGCUGUACACAAUGUCUGCUUCACUGGACGCAAUGCCAAACUGCAGUACACAAUACUUAAGCCACUGUACACAAUGCCUGAGGUGCAGUAUACAAUGCAAAUUUUCUGUAUACAAUGCCUGAGUUGUUGAACACAAAACGUGACCUAAUAUACUGAAUAACUGAGGUGCCACAGUAUCCAAAGUCUAAACCACUGGACAUAAUGCCGACCUAAUGUACACAAUGCCAGAGCUCUACAUAAUGUCUGAGCUGAUGUAUACAAAGCCGAGCUCCUGUAUACAAUGCCAAGCCUUGUACAAAAAGCCUGAGCCAUUGUGGACACUUCCAAACCUGCUGUACACAAUGCCGAUUUUCUCUAUACAAUGCCUGAACCGCUGUACGUAAUACUGAGCUGCUGUAUACAGUGCCCAGCUGCUGUACGCAAUGCCUGAUCUGAUUCCCAUUCAUGAAAAAAAUUCAAUGAGAAAUGCUUGCGUGAGUGAAUGAACGCCCUCCAUUCCCACCACGUAAAAUGCAGUCUCCCACUCUGCAAUCCGUGUGCUAGUGACAUUGUAUUGGCGUUCAGUAUCCCUGCCUGCCAGUGGCUUAAAGGAGAAAUGGGAAAAACGGCACAAAUAGGAUGCUUUAAAGAAAAAAGCAAGGUCAUUAAUGGCAGCUGCUCUCUGCGCCCUCCGAAACCAGGGAGACGUCUGUAUAGCUUGAUCCUUUCAUAUGGUUUACAAUAGGAGCCUUUUACCGUCAAUUACCAGGAUAUAACAAGCACCAUUGUGUUGUGUUGUGUGUGGAGGAGUUACAGCUUAAUGUUUUAUACUGCGGACAGAAAAUAGGGACCACAUGUAAAUAAGGCGAUCUUUAACUUCGUGCUAUCCUUAACAUACUGAUUGCACUGCUGGUGUAGUAUCCUUCCUUAAAUGACAGUUUACAAUAUAUAUUUAUAUAUAUAUAUAUAUAUAUAUAUAUAUAUAUAUAUAUAUAUUCAUAUUAUCCUAUCACAAACAUCUCACUCUUAUUACACACUCUUAUUAAGCAUUAUUACGGUUCGCUGUUUCCUACCUUCCUCUACCUCUUUGCUGCUAGCCUCAUUGAAAAGAUGUACCUCGCAAGCCAUACAGUCACGUAAUCACUCACAGCUGCAAGUAUUGCAAGACUUAUGUGAGUAUAUGCUGAUGUCACACCAUGAUGUCACUGUUAGGAAAAAUGUCCCAAAAUGCAGCAUGACCUUUAUGAUCGAGACAGUGAUGUUAUGUACAUUGUGAGGUCAGCAAUAAGGUCAAUUUUCCCACAGUGCAUCAUGGUUCAUAUAUAUCUAUGUACAUACACAGAAAUAUGUUGGGUUUUUUUUUUUUUAAAUAGAGCCUCAAUUUUAAUAUCCGUCAGUUUGAAUUUGACAGAUUUGAAUCAUUUAAAUAUUAAAUUGAGGUCUAGGAAAGGUUAUUCACAUUUUUAUCACAUUGCUGUAAAUAUCCAGUGUUGUGUGUGUGAUCAUUAGCAUCAUGAUAGAGUAUGCAUUGUAUAUGUAUCUGUAUAUAAAAAGCUAGGUGACUGGUUCAUUUAGCUCACGAACUUUGCUUUGGUGUAAAUGCUGUUUUUUUAAAUAGCAGGUCGUUGCUCAGAACUGUUGACAGAAUUUAUUUAUAAAAAACAAAAAGACAAACAGCUAUUCAAAAUAUCAUCAUAAGGGAUAUUUAUUUUAUCCAUCAAAGAAAGUAAAACGUAACAUACAAAUGAGGCUUAAAGGGACACUGCACUGUCCAAACACAAAAUACAAAUCACUGUUUAGUAGAUAUACCCCAAAUGAAAUUUUGCAUGCAUUUAAUUGUGCUUUUUGUUUCAUUGUCAGUAUAUCUACACCUUGCAAAACCUGCAGUUGUGUUGUCAGCAGCAUUUGCAUGCAAUCCCCCUAUUACUCUGCCAACAACUUCUGGGCAGUCUUUGCAAGGCAGAUGCUCUGAGCAAUUGCUACCUCUUUGAGCUAACCAAACCAGGAAGUAAAAUGACCUGUUAUCUGCUUGAAAAUCAGGAGGUGUAACCAGUUUAAUUUAUAAAAGUGUCAGUUUCUAUGGAAAUCUGUACUUUUUGCAAAAUGAAAAAAAGAAGACACACUCUUCACACAUAAAGCUUUUCAGCAAGCUAAAGUGCAUUAGGGGUCUGAAGUGUCCUUUUAAUAAUAUGACAUUUUUUACUCUAGUGACAGUCUGACAGACACAUAUACAAUAUGUUUUAAUGAUUGUUAUCUUUAACAAGCUAAUGAGCUAACCCGACUGACACAGAAACAGCAUUUGAUAACCUGCCUGUAAGUAGAGGAAGGGCAGUUUAGUUGUACAUUAGGGUGUACCUGGUAAGGGGGUACUUGGGCACCAGUCAAACUGUCACCAGUCAGCACUAGCCCAUUGUUAGAUGGUAUAUCCCAAGUAUGAAUGAGAUAAACUAGAACCUUCAUUGUUUGUCUGAGAAUCUGUAUCUCAACACGUGACUGUUUUUUCACCAGGAAUAUCUAAUACAAAGAACAAAAAAUAUGUAACUUGACAAUAUUGUCACUUUUUGUGCUGUGUAUCCCAAGAGAGAGCACUUGAAACAUAUCCCUAUUUUGUAUCUGGACUGUUUAAAUUCCAGGCCAGCGCUGUAUAAUUAUUUCCCAAUACAGUGAUCCCUAAAGUCUAUGUGGCCCUUGCACAGUACAACAAUUAACCACAAGUCCCUGAGAGAUAUAAUUGAGCAGUGCAAGUUCCAUUUGGCAGGUUUCAUAUAGAAGCAUAUCUGACUUUCAAUAGCCUGCGUAAUACAAAGGUAUGUAUUAAAAAAACAAAAACAAAAAACAAGUCACUACAUUUUUUCUGACUUGGGUAUAAUUACUGGCAGUGAAAAGAUCUGUGAAGCAUGACUAUGUUGACAACUGUAACUGGAUUGUCAUCGAUUAUUAUUGACUGGUUAUCAAAGUUGAAUUGUAAUACGGCUGAUAUUGUAGCAGAGAAGCAACAUAUUCUCCAACCUGCUAUAAUAAUGCCAAACACCUGGAGUUAUUUUUCGCACCCAACUAUGCAACCUGCUCGUACGUAUUACGGACAGCUCUUGAUACCCAUGAUCACAGUUACAUAAGCCCAGCACUUGAGGACAGAUCUCCAGUUAAAAUUUUUGCACUCAUGUGGCAUUUUUUUUAUUACUUUCCUUUGACCUUUGCACCUAGGAGGUCAAAAACUAGAACCAAUUUAUGUUUUUUUUCUGUAUCAGGUAGUUAGAAAGAGAACUAAAUUACAUACAAGGAUCUUUGACAAUUUGGUUGUAUUUCACCAACUCAUGGUCAGCAAGCCCAAGGUGUCUGGGGUUAGCAUGCUGUUCGUGCUGACACCAGAUGCAAAAGCUUAACAAAAUUAAUAUUACAUACAGUAAAAUAUAUCUAAAUAUAUAAUUCAGAAUAAACCCAGAGUUUUGGGCAGUCAUUGGACUUCAUGAAAAUAACUAAAUUGUAUUCCAUAAUCAGUGCAAAGCUGUCAACGUUUCAGACUCCUAUAUCUCCAGAAUUAAACAUAUUAAAAAGAAAGUCUGCUGAAACAGGAUAAUUGCAUCAAAACUACUCUAGUAAAGUAAAGAGUGAUGGUGAUAAGAGUGUCCUUUUUAUUAUCUGGAUCUAUGUAAUUUGUCUUUUAUUGUGACUCCAAGAUUAUCAAGAAAUAUUGGACUCUCCCAUUAAAUGAGAGCUGAACUGUCCCCGUUGACUUUUUUAGUGUGUAACUUUGUUGCGUGUUCCACAUGCCACUAUGCGGGUAUCCUAAACUGUGAUUUCAGUGCAACGUUAGAAAGCACCCUUACAAACAAAUAUCUGUAUAACAUAAAAUUAGCUGUUUUAGUCAUGUAGCUCGGGAUAACAAAGGGGUCUACAAAGCCUCAAAAAUAUUUUUCAAAAAUAUUGAAAUCUUAGUAUUCAUUUUUAAGACCCAAUUAAUCUCGUUAAAUAUAAUUGGUGGUGUCAUGACCUUGACUUGGCUUUUUUUUUCUUGACUGUGGCCAUUUUAAGUUUAAUAUUUCAUGAAUUUAAAACUAUUGACUAUCUGGCUGUUUGAUAAUCUAUCUAAUGUUUAGGUUAUACCUAUUUUUAAAAAUAUUUUUCUUUUGAUUUAAAAGUAAAUGUAUGACACAAAAAAAAUGGGUUGUGAAACACUUUAAUGACAUUUUUGUGAUUCCUGUUAUGAUAUAGGUUAACUGAAGAUAUGGACAAGUCUCCUUCCAAACCUUUUUCAGCCAAGAAGAGGGUUAAAAUACACCCAAAUACUGUGACAGUUAAAUACACAUCUCAUUAUCCGCAACCUGGAGAUGAUGGGUAUGAUGACAACAGUGAGGACAAUGGAGGCUUUGUUGAGGAGAACCCCAAAAAACGACUUUUGGGAGAUGCCAAAAAGAAAACCUUUUUUGGCACUAUGGAUUCCAGGCAAAAGCAGAUGGAUGACCCUGACAAUGGGCUUGCUCAGCAGCUGCAAAGUUUUGCGGACAGCUCUAUUCUCCAGUCGCGGAAAAUGUGGGCAGUCUUAUUUGGAUCAGCUUUGGCUCAUGGAUGUGUAGCAUUAAUCACUAGACUGGUUUCUGAUCGUUCCAGUGUGCCAUCUCUGGAGUUAAUAUUCAUCCGCUCUGUUAUGCAAGUAUUGUCCAUUUUAAUGGUAUGUUAUUAUAAAGAAGCACCUUUUGGUCCCCCAGGGUACAAGUUACGACUAUUCUUCUAUGGUGUAUGCAAUGUUAUUUCCAUAACAUGUGCCUACACGUCUUUCUCUAUUGUUCCUCCAAGCAAUGGAACCAUAAUGUGGAGAGCAACAACCACGGUCUUCAGUGCCAUCUUGGCCUUCUUACUGCUAGAUGAACACAUGGCAUACAUUGAUUUAAUUACUGUAGUUUGCAGUGUAUUUGGAGCCUGUUUGGUCAUGAUCCCAAAUAUUGUUAAUGAAGAAAAUUCGUACCUUGGUUUCUGGAAAGAAGCAUUUGGUUAUACAAUGACAGUAAUGGCUGGACUGACCACAGCACUAUCUAUGAUAGUCUACAGAUCGAUUAAAGAGAAGGUUAGCAUGUGGACUGCUCUCUUUACCUUUGGGUGGACUGGAAGUGUGUGGGGAGCAUGCACCAUGUUUAUUCUGCAAGAACCCAUUAUACCGUUGGAUGGAGAGACCUGGGGAUACCUUCUUGCCAUCUGUUUAUGUUCUACGGUAGCAUUUUUAGGUGUUUACUAUGCCUUGUAUAAAUUCCACCCAGCAUUGGUCAGCACAGUUCAACAUCUGGAGAUUGUUGUAGCCAUGAUCCUUCAACUUCUUGUACUGCGCAUGUAUCCCAGUGUCUAUGAUCUUAUUGGUGGAGCUGUCAUCAUGACAAGCGUCUUUGUGUUGGCUGGUUACAAACUCUACUUGGGUAGGAAAGGACGCCAAGAUUAUCAAGAAAUAUUGGACUCUCCCAUUAAAUGAGAGCUGACAUGUCCCUGUUGACUUUUUUAGUGUGUAACUAUGUUGCGUGUUCCACAUUCCACCCUGCAGGUAGCCAAACCUGUGAUUUCAGUGCAGAGUUAAAAAGCACCUUUAAAAACAAAUAUCUAUAUAACAUAAAAAUAACUUUUAUUUAUAUAGCUAGGUAUAAUAAACGGGUCUACAAAGCCUCAAAAAAUAUAUUUUAGAAAAUACUGAAAUCUUAAUAUUAAUGUUUAAGACCCAAUUAAUCUGGUUAAGCAUAAUUGGUGGUGUCAUGACCUUGACUUGGCUUUAAUAUGUAUUGUAAAGCAAAUGUGGCAAUUUUACGUUUAAAAUUUCAUGAUGGUAAAACUAUUCUUGCAGGGUCGUAUCUAUAGUUUGUAUCUGGUGAAAUCUGCUCAGAAGUGUUCAAUAUUUCAUCAUGUCAUCAGUGAUGUGAGUUGUCAAGGAGAAAACUGUUGUCAAGUGAAGUGCGACCAAAAAAGGAAUUCUAGUAGUUUCCAAUUUAGUCAACCACAAGUGUUCUCCAAAGUAAGUACCAUAGCUAUGGUAUAAUAAUGUAUAUAAAUAUAUAUAAAGUGCCCUCUUCUAAUAUUUGCACCCUUGGUAAAUAUGUGCAAAGAAAACUGUGAAAAUUUGUCUUUAUUGUUUAAUCUUUUAAUAAAAAUACCCCAAAAUACUCUGCUCUCAUGGUUAUCAAACAAUUGCAAAAGGUUUAUAAAAAAAACAACAAAAAUACUUUGUUAAAUAUAUGUGUGGCACAAUUAUUAGCUACCCUGUAAAUAGAUUUGAACUAUAUUUCCACUGAUAUUUAAAAAUGUUUUAGUACAUUUGCUAACAGCGACGUGUUCAACCAUUAUUUCCUGUUUCACAUAGGCCAAAUUUCCUUAGUCAUUCAUCACAAUGGGUAAUACCAAGGAAUAAAGUUGUGAUGUGCAGCAAAAAGUGUUACGCUUCACAAAAUGGGAAAGUAGCUAUAAUAAAAUAACACCAAUAAUUUACAACAUCAGGGCAAUAAUUAAAAAGUUCCAAUUAACUGGAAAUAUCAUGAAUAAACCCUGAAGAAGACGUGUGAGUACAUUGUCUCGAUGCACUGUGAAGAGGAUAGUUAGAGUGGCCAUAACAUUUCCAAGGUUCACAGCUGGAGAAUUACAGAAGUUAGUUGCACCUUGGGGUCAGAAAGUCUCCAAAAGUACAAUCCGAUAUCACAUAUAUCACCACAAGUUGUUUGGAAGGAUUUCAAUUUAAAAAAAAGCCUCUACGCUCAUCCAAAUCAAACUCAAGCGUCUUCAAGUUUGCCAGACAUUACUGGAACUUCAAAUGGGAUCAGGUUCUAUGGUCAGAAGAAACCAAAAUUUAGCCUUUUGGCAAUAAACACCAGAGGUGGGUUGGGUGCGCACAGAGAGGAAGCCAUAUGGAAAAGUACCUCAUGGUACUUAAAUAUGGUGGUGGCUCUUUGGGCACUUUUUCUGCCAAAGGACCUCAACAUGUUGUAAGGAUACAUGGCAUCAUGUAUUCUAUCAAAUAUCAACAGAUAUUAAAUGAAAAUCAGACUGCCUCUGCCAGAAGGCUUAAAAUGUGUCGUGGUUGGAUCUUCCUGCAGGACAAUGAUCCAAAACAUACAUCAAACUCAACACAAAAGUGGUUUACUGACUACAAAAUCAAGAUCAUGACAUGUUCAUGCCAGUCCCCUGAUUUGAACCCCAUAGAAAACAUGUGGGAUGAACUGAAGAUGAGAGGCCAUCAGCAUUGACCUUGAAAUCUUGGAGGUAUCGUGGAAGGUAGCACAACAUUUUGACUAAAAGGAUGCCAAUAAUUGUGCCAGAUAAAUAUUUACCCUGUUGUCUUUGCGACUGGUUGCUAUCCAUGAGAGCAGAGUAUUUUCAAGCAUUUUCUGAACAAAUAUGAAAAGGUUAAACAAUAAAGACAAUUUUUUACAGCCUUCCUUACUCAUAUUUACAAAGUUUGCCAAUAUUAGUGGAGGGCACUGUACAUAUAAAAUUGCACACAUACUCACAUGUAUCUCUUGUAAUUUCUUACUUUACUUCUAUCUAUACAAUAACCCAAUACAUAUAUUGUACCUUUAUUUGUUAUCGCAACAUUUUAAGAGUUGUCGUAGUUGCAUAAGGGACUAUCACCAGCGUGUCCUAGGUAUCCGGGACAUUAUGUAUUUUAUGCAAUGUAUGUACAUGCAUAGGACACCUUACAAUUUAGUGGUGCUCGUAAAUGUUAACAUUCUACAUUUUGUUUUGUUGCUUUUAGUAAAUUGCCUCAAUACUGUUUUCAUGGAUUUCUGCAUUCCUACAGAGCAAAACAGCAUUUUAAAAUUAAACAUUUUCCGCAACUGUAGGAGUGUGUCGAAAAACAUUCUAUAGACAGAAAAUUUAAAAGAAGAGAUUAAUCAUUGCAAAAUAAGUUCUACUAUAGGUGCAAAGUGUUAAAAGAUGGGAUAUAUUAUAUUAAUUUCCAUAGUAUUGCACCUUAUCUAGUACUUUCAUCUAGAAUAGUACCUGUUUUUCCCUUGAGAAAUCUUGGGGUAUUUUUUGAGCAAUAUUGAAAACACUAGUUACAGUCAAAGUAAAUACUUGUGAAAUGGAAAAUCAGUUCAGCUAAGGUUUUGCAUUUUCCAGACUUGUCACAUCAGUAGGAGGAGACUUACUACGGAUGUAUAUCCACACAAAAGCACACUGAGUUCUGUCUCUAAUGCACAUUUUAAUAUGUGAGUGUCUUUUCAAUAAUUGUUAUAUUUUAGUUCAACACCAUUCAUUCAGCCCAAUGGACAAUCUUCCACAUAUUCAGCUAUUUUUCUACAUAUUCAUGUGUGCACCCAAUGAGUUCCAUUCCUUUCGGUUAUCUUUCGUUUAUUUUUAUCCCACAGUUGUAGUUAAUUUUACCAAUUUUGUUUUUAUAUAAACUUUCUAUGGACAAAAUGUACAGGGGUGGUGUGAUUGAAUCACAAUAUCAAAAUAUUAAAAGGUACACUGUAGGCACUACAAUCAUUUGAUCUCAUUUGAUUGCUUAUAGUUUAUGGCGUAACCUAGUGCUGUCCCUCCAGUCACUGUUAAAUAAUCUUUGAGCAGUUUAACACCGAACAACAAUCCCUGCCUUUGCUUCCCUUUGCUCCGCCCCCACUGGAGGUGUAGCUAAGACAGAGAUUACUCACUUCCUUCUAGCCUUAUUGAUUCAUAUCUGAAUGGGUGACUGUGAUAGGCUGAAAGCAAUCAGCUGACACUCUCAGCCAAUCACAUACACUCAUUGUUGUUUAGGCUAAUGCUUCCUUAUUAGCCUGAGCAGCACUAAAGGAUAAGCUGCUGGGAGCUGUCAUAUACCAUUAAAAUAUCAAAAACGGUUUAAGACUGAAUGUAAAGACAGUGCCAGGAGACUAUAGACACUCUAACUACUUCAAUCAGAUAAAUCAAUUACAGUGCUUACAGUGGCACUUUAAUGAUAGGAUGGAAAAUACUAAAAAGAUUUGUUGAUUCUAGAAGUUUACUUGCGUCUAGAAUGUACACUGUAGAUUUCACAACAAAAUUAUAAAAGCUUAUCACUAUUAUUAAAUUCAAUUUUAACAAUAAAUUUUCGGUGAGUUGAAAACAGAGGCUGUAAAGGCCAAAUGCAUGAGGUUAAUUCACAUUGCCAGGAAUUGCAAAUUUAAAGGCUAAAAGAGGUGAAUAGAAAAAUACCUGAGUGACCUAAUAUUUGCAUUUUCUUGUCAGUUCUCUGGAGCCGAGUUGAAAAAUCCUUCAGUUUUACUAUGUUUCCAUUUAACCCCUUAAGGACCAAACUUCUGGAAUAAAAAGGAAUCAUGACAUGUCACACAUGUCAUGUGUCCUUAAGGUGUUAAGCUAUAUUGGUCCAAUAUUUGGACAUGAAUUGUUCAUUUUACCCUUACUGAAAAAUAAAACCCAAGUCAAAAUCAUUUAAAUAGACUUACAGAAAGAUUGUGAAAUCACUGCCAUAGCAGACUUUAUCCCACUUCAUCCUCUGCAGAAACCACAACUUUUAAACCAAGAAACUUGGCUGUCCAGAGUGCAAACAGUGAAUUAUUUGAUGAUAUAGCACUACGGCCCCCGAUUUAUUAAAUUAUACUUCCUUUGCUUAUUUGAAUUUUAGGGGGCAUAGGUUCCAUUUAAAUGGGGAGGUGGUCCAUACUUUAUCAUGUUACUAAUUGCUGUAUCAGUGAUUUUUUUUUAAUUUCUCUUUAUUAAAUUUUACAAUAUAAAACAUUAAAUAUAAGAUUUAACAUAAUACAAUAUUCAAAGGUGACAUUGUUUAAUUUAUGUAACAAAGUCAUCUAUACUUUCUUAAUUAUCUCUGUAUCAGUGAUUUUAAUAUUAAAUGCAAUCCCCCAUAUGUGUUUUGUCUCCUGAAAAAAGGGCUUACUAUAUCUGAAAAGUUUAUAAUUUAAUGAAUAAAUAAUUUAAUCAGGAGUUGCGGUAGGUUUUAUGAGAGGGCUUGCCAAUUUCAAGGCUGUUUAGUAGAUUAUGCAGCCAAACUGAUGAGUCACAGAUGUGGCUAAUUGACUAUUACCCAGAGUAAAAACAGAAUCUGCUCAUGUGUGGGAAAAGAACCUGCCAUUACAAUCUGUGGAUACGUAUUUUAUCGGACAUGAGACCACAUUACAUUUGCUUUAUUAUAACUCGCAAUGUUUUCCUGUAAUGUAUCCAAAUGUGCUAUUAUAAUAUUAACAAAUAUUAUUCCUAUGUAGACAGUUAAAGAAAGACUAUAGCGUUUCGGAGUACAAAUCUACAGUGUCCCUGUCUAGAGUGGUAUUAGCCCCCGCACUCCUGUUCAGCCUAUAUAGGGUUAAAAAAAACUUUUUUUCUUAAACUUAUUUUGUUCCAGCACCUAUACUCUCUCAGUGCAGCUUAGUUCUCCUCCUCCAGUGAUGCCACGGCCAAGGCAUGGUCUCUUCUGCCAAUGGUCCAAUCCAGGAGCAUUGACUACCCAAUGCACAUUUCCCAUUAGAAAAGCCUUGAAUCAAUGAUUUCCUAUAGGGGUCUGCAUCACAUUGCCAAGCUUAACUCAGUCAGUAGAGCGGAAGAAGCUCUAGUGGCUGUCAUACUGACAGCCACUAGACGUGGACUUAAUUAUGCAAUGUAAACACUGCAGUUCUUCAAAAAUUGCAAUGUUUUACAUGACAGGGUUAAGGCGACUGCACCCAGAUCACUUCAUUGAGAUGGACCGGUAUUGGUGACUAUAGUGUAUUUUUAAUUCCACAUCUACAAAGUGCUCACUAUAGACAUGAAACCAGUUCCUGAAAAUAAAUAAACCGUGGGAUAAUAUAAGUUUUCUUAUGUAUGUGUAAGGCAUAAAAUAAUUCCUCAGCACUAGAAGAAAAUGAAACCAAAAUAUUAUUUUUCAUAAAAAUAAUUGUUUCAAACGUCACAAUGCCCAUAUGUGCCAAAUUUUACUUCUAGGAGUAUCUCGUUCAUUAUGGGGCAUUUGAAGUUGAUGUGAUUUUGUUUCAUACAGAUGCUCCUUGCCAUGGCAUACACAGAUAAAUGUACCCCUCCAGGAAGCACCAACGUAUCACUUGCGAGACAAAUGCAGCGGUUGUUGAAGUUUAAUCCCCAUAUCACUCAGAGUUCAAUAACAUAAAUUCUAUAUUUCUAAACUGCCAAUGCUGUACUCUGCUCUGGAGCUUGACAUAUCUUGAACACAAUAUGUAGAGGUCUGACAGCUAAACCAAGACAUACAGUUCACUGCCAUGUUAAAAGAAAAUGUAAUACCAGUGUGUUUUUGUAUUGUACUGGUGAAUGAGUGCUUUGUUUGUGUAUAUGAAUGUUAUAUUGCACAAUAAAAAUGUUGACAGCAACCCGC